AUGAUCCAAUUGAGCAGAGCACUAGCUAUAGCCAGUGUAGCCUCGCUACUUGGUCACUGCUCUUUAGCCAUUGCUCAAGAGCCCACAAGUACAAAUGCUAUUGUUGUGGAAGGAACUACCUUUGCGUUGAAUGGCGAUAGUGUCUCUUACCGGUUCCAUGUCGACAAUAGUACCGGGGAUUUAUUAUCAGACCACUUCGGUGGCAGCGUGACGGGCCCAAUUCCAACUGAGAUUGCGAGCGCGGUAAACGGUUGGGUUGGGACACCUGGUCGCAUCCGCCGGGAAUUUCCAGACCAAGGUCGGGGGGAUUUCCGUAUGCCAGCUAUUCGCGUCAGACAGACUGAAGGAUACACUGUGUCGGAUUUUCAGUACCAGUCCUAUGAGAUCAAGCGUGGAAAGCCGGCUUUGCCUGGUUUGCCGUCGACAUUUGGAACCGUGGACGAUGUCACUACGCUUGUCGUGCAUCUAUAUGAUCAAUAUAGUGAUGUUGCGGCCGACUUGUCUUACUCGAUCUUUCCCAAGUUUGAUGCAAUUGUGCGCAGUGCCAGUAUCACGAACAAAGGGAAAGGCAAUAUUACUGUCGAGUCGCUCGCGAGUAUUAGUGUGGAUUUCCCCUAUGAGGACUUGGAUAUGAUCAGCUUAAGAGGGGACUGGGCACGAGAGGCGCACCGUGAACGAAGAAAAGUCGAAUAUGGAACCCAGGGCUUUGGAAGCUCGACAGGCUAUGCCUCUCAUCUUCAUAACCCGUUCCUGACACUACUAGACCCAGCUGCUACCGAGUCCUCUGGUGAGGCAUGGGGCUUCUCGCUCGUCUACUCUGGGUCCUUCUCUGUAGACGUGGAAAAGGGCUCUCAGGGCUUUACUCGUGCCAUGCUUGGAUUCAAUCCCGGUCAAUUGUCGUGGUCAUUAGCCCAGGGUGAAACCCUGACCUCUCCAGAAUGUGUCGCUGUCUAUUCCAGCAACGGAGUCGGUGGGAUGUCUCGCUCUCUGCACCGCUUAUACCGCAACCACCUUAUUAAAAGCAAGUUCGCAACCGAUGACCGUCCACCACUUCUCAACAGCUGGGAGGGACUUGGGUUCGACUACAACGCGACCAGCAUCUACCAGCUGGCCCAGGAAUCGGCCGAACUGGGCGUCAGAAUGUUCGUCUUAGACGACGGUUGGUUCGGUGACAAGUAUCCUCGCACCUCGGACACCGAAGGUCUCGGUGACUGGGUUCCCAACCCCAACCGAUUCCCCAGCGGCUUAGCAAAUACCGUGAACAACAUCACUGACCUCAAGUCCGGCAACACAUCUACCAAACUCCGCUUUGGCAUAUGGAUGGAACCCGAAAUGGUCAAUCCGAACUCCAGCCUCUACCGCGAGCACCCGGAUUGGGCGCUCCACGCAGGGCCGUACCCGCGCACAGAGCGUCGAAAUCAACUAGUACUUAACCUUGCUCUGCCCGAAGUCCAGCAAUUUGUCAUUAACUCCGUAUCCAACAUCCUCAACACCGCAAAUAUUACAUAUGUCAAAUGGGACAAUAACAGGGGUAUCCACGAGAUGCCUUCCCCUUCCACUGACCACGCAUACAUGCUGGGAAUGUACAAGGUCUUCGCAAACCUCACCACCCAGUUCCCCGACGUACUCUGGGAAGGCUGUGCCUCAGGCGGAGGCCGCUUCGACCCAGGCGUCCUACAAUUCUUCCCUCAGAUCUGGGCCUCGGACGACACCGACGCGAUCGAGCGUAUCACCAUCCAAAUGGGAACGUCUCUCGCCUACCCGCCCAGCGCAAUGGGCGCACAUCUAUCUGCCGUCCCGAACCAGCAGACUGGUCGAACACUACCUGUCGCUUUCCGUGGGCAUGUCGCAAUGAUGGGUGGAUCUUUUGGGCUGGAACUUGACCCGGCCAACAUGCCUGAAGCUGACAAGGCUGCUCUGCCUGGUUUGAUUGAGCUUUCUGAGAAGGUGAAUCCCCUUGUUUUGAAGGGUGAUAUGUACCGCUUGAGUUUGCCGGAGGAUUCAAAUUGGCCUGCUGUUCUAUUUAUUUCGGAUGAUGGCGACCAGGCUGUGCUUUUCUAUUUCCAGAUUAAUCCGAGGGUCGACCAUUCUAUCCCUUGGAUUAGGAUGCAGGGGCUUGUUCCGGGGGCCAUGUACAGUGUUGAAGGGAAGGGGGUUUUCUCUGGUGCUACGUUGAUGAAUAUUGGCUUGCAAUUUCCCUUUGAUACGGAUUAUGGUAGCAAGGUUGUUUUCUUUGAAAAGCAAUAA